AUGUUAUAUUUCAUGGAUCACCCUUAUCUAAUAAUACUUUUGAUGCUUGGCAAGGCCAAAAUUGGCUUAUUAAUUGCAGCUUACAAGACCACUUUACGCGGUAAACAUGUACUAGAAAAAAGUUCAGACCUCGUGUAUUCUAUACAGGGUGAUUUAUUCUUUAACGAUCUAUUAAAUGCUGGACUAAGAAAUAAAUCAAUAUACAUUGCUGGAAAUUUUCCGCUCAAAGACAAAGAUGACAAUGCAGAUGGUGAAAACCUAGCGAUAAAAGCUGAUAAGCAAAACUUCUAUCUUGGUUCUGCAAAUCUCGAUCUCGAUUGGAGAUCACUGAAUCAGAAAAUGGAGCUCGGUAUAGUAAUGAAAAAUUGUCCAUGUCUGACUGAAGAUUUGCGGAAAAUUUUUUUAUUUAUUGGAAUUUGUAAAACAUUAGUAAAAUAUUUCGAUUCGUCUUAUAACAUGAAGCGACCAUUGAAGAUCCAUUAUAAAAAUGAAGUUUUCAUUACUUCGCCUCGUGAACUGAAUGGACCAAAUCAUAGACCAUCUUCAAUUAAAGAUCUUUGUUGGUUUUUUUGGAGAAUAUUUGAAGUACCAGCUUUGGUUGAUAGUACUUCUAAUUGGUCAGCUGAUUGUUUCGAAGGUGGCACUGCAGGCGUUGCUUUUGUAUUGCGACAAAUCUUUCAACGUGACUGGUUUUCGGAAUACACUCAGCCAUUGGCUAAAUAUACCAACAAUUUCUUAUUAUCGAAUGUGGAAGAAAAAAUCGAAAUUUUUGCCUAG